AGAAGAGAGUGGCAACUACAAAUACCAGUCUCCAUUUUAGAGAGAGAGAGAGAGCACCAGUGAAGGGAAGAAGAGAGUGGCAGCUACAAAUACCAGUCUCCAUUUCCCAAACCCCCUCCCUCCCUCCCUCCCUCUUCUCCGCUGCGCCAGAUUCGAAUCGAGAGGAAAAGUCCAGCAAGUGGAUAGGAUAGGGACACUCACCGUCAGGUCUUGAGACCACAAGAAUCUCGAGCGCGUCGUGCACCCGCCGCCGCCGGCCGUCAUCUCGGGAACUGCUUCCUAAUGGUGAGCGGCGGCAGGAGCGGCGCGGGGGAGGGAGAGAAGGGGCGGGAGGGAUCGGGGCACGGCGCGCGGGGAGGCGGGGCGCUGCUGAGCGCGUACGAGAUCGGGCGGACGGUCGGGGAGGGCAACUUCGGGAAGGUGAAGCAGGCGCGCCACCGCGGCACCGGCGCCCACUUCGCCGUCAAGAUCCUCGACCGCGCCAAGAUCCUCUCCCUCCGUAUCGACGACCAGAUACGGCGGGAGAUCGCGACGCUGAAGCUGCUCAAGCACCCCAACGUCGUCCGCUUGCACGAGGUUGCUGCUAGCAAAACGAAGAUCUACAUGGUGCUUGAGUUUGUCAAUGGAGGUGAACUGUUUGACAAGAUUGCUAUAAAGGGAAAACUCUCUGAACAAGAAGGAAGGAGGCUUUUUCAGCAGCUGAUUGAUGGUGUGAGCUAUUGCCAUGAAAAGGGAGUAUACCAUAGAGACCUCAAGCCUGAGAACAUUCUUGUCAACCGCAAAGGCAACAUCAAGAUAUCUGAUUUUGGUCUCAGUGCUUUACCGCAACAUCUUGGGAAUGAUGGAUUGCUGCAUACAACAUGUGGUAGCCCCAAUUAUAUUGCUCCUGAGGUUCUGCAGAAUAGAGGUUACGAUGGAUCCUUGUCGGAUAUCUGGUCUUGUGGAGUGAUUCUUUAUAUAAUGCUCGUAGGGUACCUUCCAUUCGAUGACCGAAAUAUUGUUGUUCUUUAUCAGAAGAUUUUCAGGGGUGACACUCAGAUCCCAAAGUGGCUUUCACCCGGUGCACAAAAUCUUCUUCAGAGGAUUCUUGAGCCCAAUCCGAUGAAGAGGAUUGACAUGGCAGGAAUCAAAGCACAUGAAUGGUUUCUACAGGACUAUAUUCCUGUUGUUCCAUAUGACAAUGACGAUGAAGAUUCACAGCUUGAUGCCAUUCUUCCGGUCAGAGAGCAAAUCAAUGAAGCACCUGAGGAUAAGACUACUCAUCAGAUCAACGCUUUUCAGUUGAUUGGAAUGGCAUCAUCCCUUGAUCUUUCGGGGUUUUUCGAGGAAGAGAAAGUUUCCCAAAGGAAGAUCAGGUUCACAUCAACACAUCCACCUAAGGAUUUGUUCGAAAAGAUCGAAUGCUCUGCUAGUCAGUUGGGUUUCCAAGUUCAUAGGGGUCAUAGCAAGCUCAAAGUGAUGCGGAGCUGCAAUGGAUCAAAGAAUCCCAAGAACCCCGUAUCAUUCCUGGUGUGCACCGAGGUGUUUGAGCUUGGCCCCUCUUUGUACGUUGUAGAGCUUAAGAAGUCCCAUGGUGACCCUGCAGUGUACAGACAGCUCUGCGAGAAGAUCUGCGGUGACCUGGGUGUGCUUGAGAUGGAGCAGAUCUUUGGGAAAUGGACGAUGGACGAUGAUCUUGCGAGCUUGGACAACCGAUGUGCAACACCUCUGGUUGCGUUGUGACGAACGCUGCCCCUUGACGUGAUGUAGGGUGCAAGCUUAGGGAAGCUGUCCAGUUGCAAUGCAGUUAGGGACGAUUGUAGGAUCAUAAUUCGUCAGGAAUGGGUGGAGAAGAUAAAAGAGUGUAGGAUCAUAAGAGUGUAAAUUAAUUAUUAGUCACCGAUGUAAAACAAAAUGUGAAAUCUAAGAAAUGGGUUGUUUCCCUGUCGCAUU